CUGAUCUCGCCUCCUCCCACCUGCCUUCCAUCUUUGAGGACAUGUAUUUCCAUUGUUAAAGCGGUCACUCGACUAUCUUAUCAAUAUAAUAGAAAAUCUUUGCUGUGGAUCAGGCGCUGUCAGGUGCAAAGCUGCUAAUGACACUGCCGCAGCUCCGUUAAAAGUACAGAAUGUGCCACGAACGAAGAACAGGAGCUGCUCUCUGAUUCUCUCCGAGGAGAGAGAGAGAUCAACCAUGGCCAGCUGGCGGAGAGAGAGCCCGCGGAGCCGGGCAGGACAGGGAGGUAGCAGCCUGAGAGCAGCGAGGAAGCCCCGGCAGAAAGAUCCAUCCAGCGAGGUAGGGGACGCGGGCGAAUCAAUGACAGAGCUGCCACAAUUGUUACGGCUUUAUUUCUAUGGAAUGCACGGUGUCACUUUGGAUAUUCUCCUGUCGUCGGCACAGGGGCUUUUGGCUGACAGCGACCCCAAACUGUUUGGCUUUUCCUCCCCGUACCUCUGCAUCAUGCAUUCGCUGACCCAUUUCUUGCUGGAAAAAAUAUAUUCGCAAAAGAAGUGCUUUCAAGGACGCCCAGUAGUUUUUCACCUUGUUUUCUAUCCCUCUGUGUACAUCGGGUUGCAGAUCCUGAUUGGGAAUAUUAACACGCUGACCGAGCACGUUAGAAUAGUCUCUGCCACUCAUCUCGUAGUUCACUACCUACUGUCCCUGUACUUCACCCAAGUAUUCCACAAGGGGCUUGCGCGGCUGCGCUACCACUGCCCCGGUAAACGGACCGAGUCUACCCCGGCAGAGCGCACCCUGGAGUCGCUGCCUAAUAACGGUCUGCCCGAUGUUGUGCGAUUCCUCUUUUUUGGAAUGCACGGCUUCCUGGACGAGAUCAUUUUUACCUCGAUAUUCAACCUUGUGGAGAAAUUGGACCGGACCAUGAGCGGCCACACGUCCCUGUGGUCCUUCCUGAUGUACGGGAGCUGCAGCUUCGUGGUAGAGAAACUCUACCUUCAUUUACGCUUCAGACGGGGCUGGAGCACCUGGAGGCGGCUCCCCAUCUAUAUCUGCUUCAUCUACACCUGGGAGUUCUGUUGGGGGCUGGCGCUACGGCAGUACGGCGCAUGCUCAUGGGACUAUUCCCACUAUCCAUUCAACUUCAUGGGCCUGAUCACGCUCCUCUACCUGCCCGGAUGGGUCUGCAUCAGUCUCUACCAGGAUAUUCUGUCCAACGUUCUGCUGCGCGUGGUAGUGUGUGCCAAAGACGAGGAGUGAGGGCACUCAGGGCAGGGCGCUGGCAUCAACGUCUGCCCUGUGUCCAGGAAGAAAAAAAAACUGUAUUAUAGGCCUAGGCCACAUUUGAUUUAGGAACUAUUGAUACUAAUACAAAUAAAGAAGAGGACAUUUAAGACGA